AUGGUGGAGGCGGAUGUCCUCAACAUCGGUAUGGUCAGCACGGAUCAAUAUUACUACGCCUGCGCAACCCUUAAUCAGGCUGGCAUAAUGGUGACGGCGUCGCACAACCCGCCCGAAUACGGCGGCUUCAAGAUGGUGAAGCAGAUGCCCGAAAUCUUGGGUGGUGAGAUGGUGCAAGCCCUGCGCUCCAUCGUCGAAACUGAAGCCUUCGCACGACCGAGCCGCCAUGGGAAAAUGAUCGAGAAGGUGCGGGACGUUGAUCUCCCUGAAGGUUUUGCCGAAAAGGUUCUGAGCCUGAUCGAUGUAGAUGCUUUGAUGCCGCUGAAGGUGAUAGCGGAUACAGGCAACGGCAUGGUCGGUCCCAUCCUGCAACGGAUUUACUCACGCCUCCCCACCGUUGAAUUGACCGGCAUGUAUUUGGAGCCGGAUGGCAACCUGCCGAACCGCGGUCCCGAUCCGCUGAAGCCGGAGAAUCGAGCAGGCGUUGCAGCGGCGGGUCGUUGCCGAAGGUGCUGA